AUGGCCGAAAGAGAAGUCAUCAUACUCGAUAGCGAUUCCGACGAAGAUGACGACCUGCGCCGCGCUAUUCAGCUGUCACUCCAAGACCAGAGCACGAUGAACGACUCGGCUGCUGGUACAUGCCAUGAAACCCGAAACCCCGAGCCCGAUAACAAUUCCAAGUUUGGUGGUAUUCUUCUGAAUCGAAAAGAAAUGGAGGAGGCACGGCUGAGUCGAGUUGGAAAGCGGCGCCGAAACUCCAACGAAAGCAGCACAGGGGAGCCUGCGAUGAAGCGACCGACGCCACAGCCGUUGGAACGGGCAGCGAGCUCGCGAUACCCUCAGGGAAUUGUACGGCGCACCUGGACCAAAGGGUAUCCUAAAUCGUCCGAUGACAUUACCAUUGAGGAGAUUUUCCAAAAGGAAACCCUCCAGCUUGCCCUGCUGUCUUCUUUCCAAUGGGACGAGGAAUGGCUACUGUCCAAGCUCAAUAUCAGCAAAACCCGUAUCCUGCUCCUUGCCUUUGCGGCAAACGACGAACAGGUAACGUGUCAAAUUUCCCGAAACCUUCUAUCUCUACAACCAAAUCUGAUUCGAGGCUGGACAGAAACAAACAAUGAGAGAAAACGCGCCCCCGAAUAUCCGGUUUUGCUUCCCACCGAUGCGUGGCCCAGGAUCGAUGCACUCCAAGCUCCAGCUCCUGAAAUUCCCAAAAUGGUCUUUCUCAUCGAUUUACCCCGUCUCGAACGGGAAGGUGGCUCAGAAAUGACAUCGUUCGGGGAAAACGUGACCAAUUUCCUGACGGCAUCAGGCGUUGACGAUGCCAUGUCUAGUCCAGGAGGCCACACAGGGGAUACACUGCGUCGCGUCGGUUAUUGUGGCUUGGGAGAAACUGUAAGGGGGCUCGGCCUGGCUACGGACACACCCGUCGAAGUUGACUUGGCUUGUGCGUCCCUCGGUUCCAUCAACGGCGACCUCAUCAAUGCGAUAUAUAACGCUUGUCAAGGGGACGAUGGUAUGCAAGAGUACAUCGCGCGCGCCGGCCGAAAACUUAAAAACAAAGAGAUGCGACCCGCGGAAAGGCUCCGGGAUCGGUUCCGGAUAUACUUUCCAACCGAUCAGACGGUUUCCAAGAGUAAAGGCGGGCGACAAGCAAAGUGGUGGAGGUCGCCAAGUUUUCCGAAGGAGCUCGUCCGGGACUGUGUCAACAGUCGAGACGGGCUUCUAAUGCAUAGCAAGAUCAUCUUCGUCCGCAGGCCGGCAGAAACCUGGCGGGUUGGUGAGAAAUCAUGUACGGGAUGGGCCUACGUUGGCAGCGCCAAUCUUUCAGAAAGUGCAUGGGGCCGCGUAGUCAAGGACAGAGAGACGGGGGAUGCCAAGAUGAGCUGCCGAAACUGGGAAUGUGGUGUAAUUGUACCAGUACAUGGAAAUCCUGGUACUGGCGGCGACUUUUCCAUGUUCUCGGGAGUGGUUCCCGUUCCCAUGAAGAUCCCCGGGCACCCGUACGAGAAGACUGACGAGCCUUGGUUCUUUUUAGGCGACCACUGA